AGAGCCGUGUCGGACUGAGACGCAUGCGUGAAGUGUCCUCUCGUUUCGUUCCUGGAAGUGGAGCGACGGCGCUCAGUCCCUCUCUGCUAGGCUCCGCUCCGCUCGCCGUGCUCGCUCUGUGGCGAGUCGAGCAGAGGCGGGGGUCUGAGGAACAUCGCUCUCACCUCCAGCAGCAGCAGCAGCACGGUUUUUGGAUGGUUGCUCGAUAGCAGACUUGAGGAACUUGCUCAGGUGAUGCCUUAGCCUUGGUCGCUGCUUCCUGGAACAGCACAGGCAGGUUCUAUGUAUCCUUCACUUCUUCAGUGUACCCAUUGCUGAAGCAGACGAAUGACCCACUGGAGGAGCUCAACUGAAAAGCAAAUGCCAACCAGCAUGGACUGACCUGACAUCUUCUGAAGCCUGCAGCAUUUUUUAAAGCUGUUUCCAGCACUGAAGAAAAGAGAAGGAGAGGAGCGGCGAGUCUGUCGCUGGAUAUGGGGGCCAUGGUCACUUAGACUAAACGGUUGUGUCCUAGGCCAGCUUCAGCCCUAUUUCAGCUCUUGUUUUUCUCUUCUCUCACAUUUCCCCCUCUCUGGCCACUCUGUCGCAGACUUGUGCCUUCUCUCCUGGCCCUGCUAGCCAUGGCUGGUGUAAGGAAGCUGGCCCGGGCUGUCCGGCAGCAGGGCCUCCACCGCUUGGUCCUGGCGCUUAUUCUCUUCUGCUUACUCUCCAUGGCCUACUUGGCCUACCAUGUCAGCGCUGGCCCCAAGAUCAAGGAGGCUCCUCCGCUCCCUCUGGGGGACUGCGUGGCCGCUGCUCCGGUGAGUGGCAGCCAGAGGGCGCCUCUCUUUCUGCCUUCACAGAUGAGCCAACGACGACAGUCCGUGAAGACGGUGGACACUGCACGCACUGAGCCUGUGGUUCUCCUGUUUGUAGAGAGCAUCUAUUCCCAGCUGGGCCAGGAGAUUGUGGCCAUCUUAGAGUCUAGUCGCUUCCGCUACCACACAGAAAUCGCACCAGCUAAAGGAGACAUGCCCCCACUGGCCUGGAGGGGUAGAGGCCGCUAUGUUUUGAUCAUCUAUGAGAACCUGCUCAAGUAUGUCAACCUGGACUCCUGGAACCGACAGCUGCUGGACAAGUACUGCCAAGACUAUGGUGUGGGCAUUAUUGGCUUCUACCGUGCCAAUGAAAAUUCUCCAUCCAGUGCCCAGCUCAGAGGCUUCCCACUCUUCCUGCGCUCCAACCUGCCCCUGUGGGAUUGCCGCAUCAACCCAGCUGCUCCACUCCUCUACAUCACCCGUCCCAGUGAACUAGAGCCUGGACCGCUACCUGCAGACAACUGGACCACUUUCCUCUCUAACCACAGCACUUAUGAACCCAUCCUGCUGGCCAGCCCCAGACCAGCUGAGCCGCCAACACACUCUAUCCUGCAGAGGGCGUUGUUAGCUACUGUAAUGCAAGACCUAGGCCUUCAUGAUGGGAUCCAGCGUGUGCUCUUUGGUGGGAGUCUGUCUUUCUGGCUGCACAAACUGCUGUUUGUGGAUGCAGUGGGCUAUUUGACAGGCAGACGACUCAGCCUGUCACUGGACAGAUUUCUGCUGGUAGAUGUGGAUGACAUCUUUGUGGGAAAGGAGGGCACACGCAUGAAAGUGGCUGAUGUGGAGGCUCUUCUCCAGUCCCAGACCAAACUCCGCUCUCUAGUCCCCAAUUUCACCUUCAACCUGGGCUUCUCCGGAAAGUUCUUUCACACAGGUACUGAUGAGGAAGAUGAAGGAGAUGACACUUUGCUCAGACACAGGCAGGAGUUCUGGUGGUUUCCUCACAUGUGGAGCCACAUGCAGCCCCACCUGUUCCAUAACGUCAGUGUGCUUGCAGAACAGAUGAGACUUAACAAACAGUUUGCCCAGGAACACGGUAUCCCCACAGAUAUGGGCUAUGCUGUGGCCCCUCACCACUCUGGAGUGUAUCCAGUCCACAGUCAGCUGUAUCAGGCCUGGAAAAGCGUGUGGGGCAUUACAGUGACGAGCACAGAGGAAUACCCCCACCUCAGACCCGCCCGCUUCCGCAGGGGCUUCAUCCACAAUGGCAUACAGGUACUUCCACGGCAGACUUGUGGGCUGUUUACACACACCAUCUUCUAUAAGGAUUACCCAGGAGGCCCGCAGGAACUGGACAAGAGCAUCCGUGGAGGAGAGCUGUUCCUUACUGUGCUGCUUAAUCCGGUCAGUAUCUUCAUGACCCAUCUCUCUAACUAUGGAAAUGACCGCUUGGGCCUGUAUACCUUUGAGUCUCUGGUGAAAUUUGUGCAGUGCUGGACUCAUCUGCGCUUACAGACUCUGCCUCCAAUCCGCCUGGCAGAAAAAUAUUUUCGCAUCUUUCCUGAUGAGAGAGACCCCUUGUGGCAGAAUCCAUGUCAUGAUAAGAGGCAUAAAGACAUCUGGUCUAAAGAGAAGACAUGUGAUAGGCUACCCAAGUUUCUGGUUAUUGGCCCUCAGAAGACAGGAUCUACUGCUCUGCAUGCAUUUCUGUCUCUCCACCCUGCCAUCACGGCAAGCUUCUCCAGCCCAGUCACCUUUGAGGAGGUGCAGUUCUUCAGUGGACCAAACUACCUGCGUGGAAUUGACUGGUACAUGGACUUCUUCCCAGUGCCCUCUAAUGUGAGCACAGACUUCCUGUUUGAGAAGAGCGCUAAUUACUUUGACACUGAGGUCGUCCCUAAGAGAGCCGCUGCACUGCUGCCCAGAGCCAAAAUCAUCACCAUCCUCAUCAACCCAGCAGACAGAGCUUACUCUUGGUACCAGCAUCAGAGGGCUCACCAGGACCCGGUUGCUCUGAACUACACGUUUCACCAGGUCAUCUCUGCAGGCCCCUCGUCUCCUGCAGCUCUGCUCACUCUGCACCGUCGCUGCCUGCAGCCCGGAUACUACAGCACCCAUGUAGAGCACUGGCUUCAGUGCUACCAACCCAACCAGCUUCUGAUUGUUGAUGGACUCCAGUUGCGGUCUAACCCAGCCCAGGUGAUGGACAGCGUGCAGAAAUUUCUGGGAGUCGUACCCUUCAACUACACUCAGGCACUGAUGUUUGAUGAGAGUAAAGGUUUCUGGUGUCAGAGGCUGGAUGCUGGUCGCUCACGCUGCUUAGGCAAGAGCAAAGGCAGAAAAUACCCAGACAUGAGCCCUGAGUCUCGGGCUUUCCUGUCGGAGCAUUACCGGGAGCAGAACGUGGAGCUGCUGAGGCUGUUGAAGCGGCUGGGUCAGCCUCUGCCAACCUGGCUCAGAGAUGAACUACACAACUCCAGCUGGAGCUGACACCUAGAAGCUGGAUCACAAAUAGAACCACAGCUAGAAGCCUGCUCUGUCGUGGAGACAACAGCGCCCCUGUGUGACUGGAGAAGAGAGGACAGCUGGCCCCCUUGCCAGCUUCCAUACUGUGUGGACGUCAAACCAAAAGGAGUGGUGCCAGGGGUGUCUGUAAGAACCCAGGCUGUUGAGGGUUUGAAUCAGAGCAAAAGGGGACCUCAGUGAGUUUUCAAGGAGGAUUGUAUACUUUUAUUUAAUUGCCAAGAUAAGGACACUGAAGCUCAUUAGUGGCAUUGUGGUAAUGGACUUGGGAGCUCAUUAUUUGCGUUGUGGGAAAUGAUGUUUCACAAUGUGUUAUGAGAGAACUAUGGACUGGUGCCAUCUCAACUACAAAGACAGCCUCUAGUAACUGAGGCUUAUGUACAGGUUCUCAAGAGGGUCAAAACACUUAGCUAAGUGGAUGUGAAGGAAUUUGCUGGCCGAGUAGGAAAUUUACAGGCUGGUCUUAAUAAGUGUUUAAUUCUGCCAAGCAGAGAGGUAUUUGAAUUUCUUGCUUAAGUUAUUCUGACAUUCGCUGACUCUGAAUGGAUUUUUCAAGUGAUAGAUGCCAGGAAUUAGUUUUGGCUGUUUCACGAGCAACUUCAUACAACCUGAAUACUACAACAUUCCAGAGCCUGAAUACAUUGCAAUUUUCAAAACGGCUUUAAGCAGUUUGGCUCCAUGAAAUUGUACUGGAAUUUUGUUGAUGCCACUGAAUGGCCAUCAAUGUUGCUAGACUGGCAAAUCACAGGCAGCUGCUCAACCUACUCAAACUGGCAGUGGGGGUGCCUACACAGAAAAGUGUGAAAGCCAUGCUGAUGACCAGAUUUGGCUGCCAAAAUGAGACAUACAUUGUGUUUGAGAAACUUUUUUUUUGCCUUUGAGGGAGUAAGAUUGUGAAUGUAUGGUCAUGUAUGUGUGUAUAAGUGGAAGCCCGUCGCAGUGGCUCAACUGUAUAUCCACUCACAGUAGUAUGAUCCUUUGUCUUGUUUGGUCAAACUUGAAAUCAGGUUGGAAAAAAUAACAACCCACAUCUGCAAAUAAAGGCACAAAAUGGCA